UCGGUGUCGCCGGGCGGCUCGCGGCCGCCCCUGCCCGCGCCGCGUCGCCAUGGGCACCAGCGGCUCCAAGUCGCGGGGGCUCUGGCCGUUCGCGUCCUCGGCGGCGGCCGGCGGCGGCGAGGGCCCCGGCGGGCAGCAGGCCCUGGCGCGGGCGCGGGCCGCGCGCGCCGCCACUCCCUUCGUCUUCACGCGCCGCGGCUCCAUGUAUUAUGAUGAAGAUGGGGAUCUUGCCCACGAAUUCUACGAGGAGACAAUCGUUACCAAGAACGGGAGGAAGCGUGCCAAGCUGAAGAGGAUCCACAAGAACCUGAUACCUCAGGGCAUAGUGAAACUAGAGCACCCUCGUAUUCAUGUGGAUUUCCCUGUGAUCAUCUGCGAGGUGUGAGUCGCGAGGGGGACGCAAGCCGUCGCUGCCUGCAGGCAAGACGCCCUGCCUGACUGCCCUGAGUGUCACCACGCGUUGCGUUCGUGUAGGACGGGGACUUUGAGCACGGACACGUGACCGUGGACUUUGACUCUCCCCUUGCCCGGAGAUGUGGCGGUACGGAACAGACUCGGCUUGGUUGUGUUUGGCUAGCGCCCUUCGCAGGAGACGGGUGACCUUGUACGACAAACGCUUAAAAGUAUCCUCGCUUGAGUCAGAAGACUAAAAUACCUUUUGUAGCCUCUAGCCAACGUUUGGAUGGGUAACUGGAACUGCAGAUGAUCUACUGUGUUUGAGCUGUUAAAGGGAGAGCGAGCCUGCACUUCUCACCAGACAAAAUCCCCUGCUUCUCAGGUAUGCAGCCCAGGGAGAGCCAGGGCCAGCUAACUCGCUGCCUAGGGGCCCGGAGAUCUCUCAGCCUCUGUGGUUGAACGGCCAGUGUUGCAAUGCAUCAUUUGACGAGGACAUUAAGCAAGGCUUCCCCAGGUGGGUCAGUCGGUGGAGGAUGAAUGGGGCAGGCUCGGGGGAGCCAGUUUCAAAGCACUUCCAGUUGGGUGCUGUGCUCCCCUCGGGAAGGGGACGGAGACCAGAUACCGCUAUCUUGGCCCUCGGUCUCUUCCCCGGGCGUGCUCCCCAGUUUACACUGCCCGCUGGCUCUGCGGAGGCUGGUGUCGCUGCUGCCAGUAGUCCCCGCUGGAAUGCCUUUUGCCUCCUGCUUGCAUUGCAGACGCGGAGAUCUCUGCAGUCUGCGGGCGCUGCUGGCAGCAGGGAGGUUCCCAGCUCUCCCGACAGCCUGGUGGCCCACGCGAAGGCAGCUUAGCCAUCUGGAUUCCCUGAGUAGGACUUGCCUCCCCCUGGUAGAGCCUGCCGGCGCUAGGGGAGCAGGCAGGCUCCUGCCGAGUGCUAAUCCUCGCUCGCUGGAGCCUGCAGGGCUGGGCCGCUGGGCACGGCAUCUCAUAUUGCUUUGGGAAGUCGGCUCCACAUAAUGUCCUCAUGCCCCGCUGCAGCGCUGACAUUACUUCCCAGUGGCAUUGGCCUUGACAGAGCCAAGCAGGAAAGAAAUCAUCUCUUCCCUCCCCGUCCCUCUAAAACAAUCGAUCAGUUGGCCUACCCUGGCUUGGAAAUCUCCCUGGCGAUAUGAACUAGAGUUCCUCCGUUGCCCUGCGUCUCAGCUGGGGGCAGGAGGAGAAAUGCAAUGCACUUUAAAGGGAGGCUUUCUGCUCAGUUUCGGAAGGUUCUGCUCUCUCCUCCUCUUCCCUCCCACUUGACAAAGUCGGGGUUGCCUUGGCAGCACUGAAAACCCCAUUGCCUCUCACGCUCGGGUCCUGGUCCUGGGGCUCCAAGCCAGCUGCUGCAGGGCCGGGGAAGGCCUGACCCGUACUACCCCCUGCCAACGCUAGGAGCCACUGCCUCCCUGCUCUGGCUUACCUGAGGACAGGCCGCUCGCUUCAUGCGAGCACGGCUGGUCUGUCAGCGGUGGGGCGCUGGGCAAAGCUUUAAACUGGGUCAGAGCUCGCUCCUGCAACAGCCAGCUUGGCAUUCCUCUUCUUGCGUUCCAGAACUUAUUUACUUUCUAAGCACUUCAGACGUUUGCUACCUCGAUUUUUAAUUUAAGCUGCUGGCACUUGGGUGCCGGCCAUAUCAGCAUCUAUGUUGGAUGUAUCCAUCCCUGUGCCCACCAAGAGCUGCCUGGGCUCAGGGCCACAUUCCUCGGUUCUGGGAGAUAACAGUGGCAUGGCUGUUGCUGUCCUCCCGUCACCACCUCCUCCCUCUGUGCCCCCCACCCGCUGUUCCCAUUGACACAAGCACGCACGAAGGGUGAAGCGGAUGUGCUGGCUGCCGCCUGGCAGGGAAGCAGGCUUGCUGGGCAGGGCUCCAGCGGGGAGCUCUUCUACACUGUGAUGCUGGGCAAUUCUUUUGACAUCUUUUGUUCUUCUACUUGCCUGAAAAAGUCUGUCUUAAAACGAUCCCCACUGAAGUGUUUCUUAUUCACACCACCUGCUCUUGAAUUUGGCUCAGACCAGGGCUCACAGAUCUCCUUGAAAACAGCAUCUCAGGCUCUGGAGGAGUGCGAGAGCUUGUGUGUGUUGUCCCUUCUCCCCAGGAAGAGGAGAGAAAGCUGUGACCAGACUGCUGAUUCCUUCUUGCCCCUUCUUUCUGUGGGCACAGGAAGCAGCUCCUCGUCUUUGCGCUCUGCGGCAUCGCAGCCGCGUUUUGUAUGGGACGGGAGGAAGGCCGAGUAGGAAAGGGGAAGGGGCUGGUGCGGCUUUGCCUGUCCUGGACGGGAAGCCCCCUCUGCUGGGUGCUGGCCGAAAACGGAGGAAGAGGCAGGGCCUGAGCCCUGGGUCGGCAGAGGGAUCUUGGUUAGACAGAGGCCUGCGUCCGGAGGAGCUAGGAGCAGCUCCCUCCCACCCGUGGCUGACUUUGUUCUCCCUGGCGUGCUGUUGUGCCCGCUCCGCCCUUCCCCCAGGGCGCUGAGCGUGCUUCCCUACAAACAUGUCUUCUCCCACCCUCUUUUCCCUGAAGAGGCAGCAAACCUCCGCAGGCCACCAACAAUCUGUCUUGCCCUACUUCUUUCCAGGCUGGUCUGCCCGUCGGGAUCCAAGCUGUGCAGCCAGCCUGCUGGGAUUGCCCCUUCCCAGCCUCCUCUCCCCCAGCGCCCUCCUCUUCCUCCUCCUUCCAGCCCUCCCACAGGGGAGCAGGGACGGGGAGGUUCCUUGGGAGCUUCUGAAGGGAUCUUUAAAAUGUGAAGGUCACUGUAAAUAGUAUCUGUGUCCACUAUAUUGUUGGAGCAAGCAAAAAAAAAAAAAAAAAAGUUUCAUUUUUUUUACGACUUCUGUGCAACUUUGUGCUUUCCCGUGUGGAUGUGUAGCUGAACUGUACUCACCAACACUAGACUUGCUCCUCUAGCGUGUGGAUAGGAACCCUGGGUUUGAGAAACGUACACUAUUUAUGGUCCUUCCUCUGCCUCCAAGUGCAUCUGUCUACUUUUGUUAAAUUUCAAUAAAUUUAUUUGUAGAUCCCACAA